GAGUAGGUGCAUGAGUCUAAUACUUUCUGAUAUACCAUUUUUUGAAAACUUAAGGUGACAAGACUUUGAGCUACUGAGCUCUAUAAGUUGACAAACAAGGAAGGUGUUUGUAUAAACAUUUAACAAGUGGUCCUAGGAUUGUCAGAUGCCUAACUGAUCCUAUACCUGGCCCUCGGGGUAGUUACAAACUGGACAACCAAAAACGUGUCAGUGCCAAUCCUUAUACUAAAGCUUGUUGUGACGCCGUUCCAUCGUGGAUUCUACUGCGAUGAUGAGAGUCUUAUGCACCCCCACAAACACGAUACCAUUCCAACCUGGGCGGCCGCCAUGGCUGCCUUCAGUAUCCCAAUCAUAUGUAUGACUAUUAUCGAGGGCGUGCGUUUGUCAAUGUUCAAAAGAAGUUGCCAUUGUGGAGUGGUACAGAAACGAUACUUCCAGGUCCUCUAUAGAUGCCUAGGUGCAUUUUUAUUCGGGGCAGCGGUGACCCAGUUGACGACGGAUAUUGCUAAAUAUAGCCUAGGAAGACUUCGGCCACAUUUUCUGACUGUGUGUAAACCUGAUAUAAAAAACUGUUCAGCGCAGACAGGAUACAUUGAAACAUCAGUCUGUACUGGUACAGAUCUGGCAGCCAUUCAAGAGGCCAGGCUUUCCUUUCCAUCGGGACAUACAUCCAUAACUAUGUACUGUUUUGUGUAUAUCAUGAUUUACCUGCAAAUGAGGUUUAAGUGGCGGAAGUGUUGGUUACUAAGGCCUUUCAUCCAGGUCCUGUUGUUCUACAUGGCAUACUACACUUCUCUGUCACGUAUCUCUGACUACAUGCAUCACUGGAGUGACGUCCUAGGCGGAGCCGUAGUGGGGCUGGCAGUCUGUUUACUCGUGGUGUUCUGUGUGAGCGACAUAUUUACGGAGACAUCAUGCUGUAAACCAGUCGACCCUAAUGACAGACCUGAAAAUGACUUAACCCUCUUCAAACCUGCUCGCCACGAUGAUCGUCUUAGCUGCCAGACUUCCUCGGAAUCUACAGUAUCUACCAAUAGUGCCCAACACAUUAUAGCCGUCUCCUAGCAGAGAUCAAUGGUUAUACUGUAAAUCACACUACUAUUAUGCCUCAUAUGCCUUAAGUACUGACGCUUGAAUUCACAUUGCGGACAUUUGCUUGUAAGAAAAAUAUUUUAGUUACAAUUUCAGAAAAAUUCAGACUUAUGUACUUACAGUUUUGAUGUAAUAGUUUUCUUUUAAUCAAAUCUUCUCAAAUAAGCGAUCACAAGAAAGUCGUAGGUCACAUUCAAAUGUGCUUGUAUUAGGGUGACACAGAGCAACGAUGAACCACCAAAUAAUUAUUCAAGCAUGACGAUGGAGUAAUUAGGUGAUUGACCCUCCUGACGUAUAUAUUUUAUUGGAUGCAAUCAUGCUAUAUUCCUUUCCGUAUCACAAAACCUGUGUUCUACUUACCUAACCACUUAAACACAGCAUUGACAUUGGCUCUAACACUUUUAUUUGUAAGGUAACAUCCACAUUUUCGAUGUACCGGUAAAACCACAGAAUAAACCCACCGACUCAAAAUGUUUUUUGGAACAUAACACAAAGAACAACUACAUGUGAAUGUUUUCCUAUCGAAAAAUAUUCCGUUUUUUCCUCAUUACUGUUAAGAGUACCAGUAGUUGGGACCAAUAACAUUGUUACCACGAAUUUGAACUUUAACAAAACUUUUUGGUUCACUCAAGUCUGCAGAUGGAAAUGGUUACCAUAGAAAAGAUGACCUUGAUCAUUAGCAAAAUCUUAAAAAUAUACAAAAAUUGAAUUUAUUUACUUGAACGCAAAGUGACAUACAAAUGUAACAGUUCAUUCUAGGAAUGCUCUUAAAAAAUAGGUAAAAAUCCAAGUACUACUAGACAAGUUCUGUGAUAAUAUUUUAUUCAAUUCUGCAAGGAAUUUUAACCAUUCCAUUCACUGCAAACUAAAUAUUUAUUUUUAAACCAUAAAAAUAUAUAAAAUCAGAAAGAUUCUGUAAUAUAACAAACUGCAUAAGACACAGUCAAAAUAUUUUGCAGCUAAAACAAAUAUCUUUUAUGUUCUUUCCUAAACAUUUGCUAAAACCAAAAUUUGGUUUGUGAAGAAUAAUGCAGCACAUGUAUUCUUUUUUCAUUAUUGGAUAAAUCUAAAUAUUAUCUACAGUUUAUUGGAUAAAUCUAGAUAUUAUCUACACAGUUUAUUGGAUCAAUCAAUUUUCAUCUUCACAGUUUAUUGGAUAAAUCGAAAUAUUAUCUUAUGUAUAGUAUACAGAUAACUGGAUAAAUCUAAAUAUUAUCUACACAGUUAAUUGGAUAAAUCGAAAUAUUAUCUACACAGUUUAUAAGAUAAAUCUAAAAAUUAUUUACACAGUUUAUUUGAUAAAUCUAGAUAUUAUCUACAGGUUAACUGGAUAAAUCUAUCUAAAUAUUAUCUACAGUUUAUUUGAUAAUCUUAAUAUUAUCUACUAAGUUUAUUGGAUAAAUAUAACCAUUAUCUACAAAGUUUAUUGGAUAAAUCUUAAUAUUAUCUACAAAGUUUAUUAGAUAAAUCUAGAUAUUAUUUACAAAGUUUAUUGGAUAAAUCUAAAUAUCAUCUACACAGUUUAUUUGAUAAAUCUAAAUAUUAUCUACAGUUAUCUAAAUUUUCUCAUUGUCACAUUAUAUUUAACUCUUAGAUAAUGAGGUUCAACAGUUUUUCAUACUGAAAUGAAGAUUUGGUUUAGAAAACUGGCACUUGUUAAUAUUUCUGAUGAGUAGUUUGUGUCUUUUGCCCUUUAAAGUGAGUGCUUUUGUGUCCCAGAUGUUUCUUUUGUCCAACACUUGAAUGUGAUUUUCAAGACAUUUGAAUGCAAAUAAAGUAUCUGAUGACAGAUUCUUGUGAAUAUAUAGCAUACUUGUGUAUGUGUUAUGUAAAAUCUCUCUGAAAUAUAACUGAUCAAUUUGACAUGCAUUAAUUUAUUUCUGAUUUAUCCUGUGGUUAAAAAAUCGUGGUAAGAUGGCAUCAAUUAUUCUAAAAAUCCUCUACUGUAAUUAGAAAUAUUGUUAUUGUUAAUCAAUACAUUUUUAACUUGAACAUUCCAGUUAGAUGCCCCUGUUACAACGUAAUCAUAAUGUAUACUAUGUGCUUGAAUCAACUGUCCUUCCCUCUAUAAAUAAUGCUUUUAUUGUUCACGAGCAAGAUGAAGGAUUUGAGUUGAUUACUUUACAUGUAAUUAAGUCUCACAGUUUUAUAGAGGAAUGGGUAGUUGUACAUAGCACCUGGGAAUAUCACAACGGUAAGUUACUUGUCAUUAUUGAAAUGAUUUUAAUUUGAAUGCCAUAUCUUAAAUUAAGGUAAAAACAUAUGACAAAUUUAUCACAAGUUCUGGAUCUUAAGAAUAUUAUUUUCUGGUGCUGAAUGUAUGUUUUAUUUUAUGUAUAUAGCUAUGUAGAUUAAUAUGAAUUUAUUUUAGUUACCAUGUAUGUACAUGGAAAUACCGGUAAUCACUUACAGUUUAAUUUUCAAUAUGCCUAUCCUGCAUUUAUUGAUCGUGAAGAAAAUAAUACUGUCUUAAUAAAACCCAUUUUAGCAGUUGUGUACGCCAGUUAACUCUUGCAAGUAUUAAAUCAGCCUACUUUAUUAUUCAAUAAUUUGUGAACCACAUUUAGACGAAGUACGAACCUCGUUGUAGGUUGUGAUAAACCGGUAUUAUUAUCACUAAUUUCUAACACCUGUCUUUUAAUUUGUUUAUGAAGCGAUCUCACAUGCAUUACAUUCCGCUAAGUUCUCAGGCAAUUCUCUAAAACUUUCAUUAUCUAAUUUCGGUUUACAUUAUAUAUUUGUUUUGAAUGUUUUCACAUAAUGUACUAGUGAUAAAUUAUCAAAUGUGCUAUAAAUACAUUGUAUGUGUGUCUAUAUGAAAUAUAGUGUAUACUGUGUGUACGCUGUUUUUGUGUGUGUCAGUACUACACUAGUACCUAUAUGUACAUGGUCUAAACUAAAUGUUGCUGGUGAGUACAAAGUUUAUUUGCUAAUUCAAGUUAAGAACGAAUUCAGAUUUAAAAGGUAAGGUCUUUUUACCAUAAAAAUAUCAAACAGUUCCUAUUCAGGACUUUUUAACAUAAAAUAUUGUCCUUCAAUGACCAUAUAGAUGUUGAUAGGACGUUAAACAAUACUAUACCAAACCAUAGAAAUAUUACAUGUAAUAUAGAUCUAUAUGCACAAGAUAUGGAAUGUUUCAAUGAGGAAAGCAAAGGACAAUGGACAUUAAGGGCCAAAAAUGGCCUCAUCUCAAAAAUUACUUGUUUUUGCCUCACUUUUGACCAACAAGUAUACAUUCAAACAAAUUUUUAAGUUUUUUCCAAUUAUCAAUUAUUUUUAGAGACAUUUCAUUAUUGCAGUUAAUUCCAGUAAUCUAUUUCCAAACCACACUGACUUUUUGACUAGAUGGAAAUUUAAGCUACAUUGUACCUACAGAAAAUUGCAAGUGGGUUAUAUUUUGAUUUGUAAAACAUUUCAGUAUGUUUGUAAAUGUAAGUCUCUAACCCAGAUAAUAUACAUGUAUGUGCAGUUUACAUAUCCUUCUUCUUCAGCUGCAGAAAUGGUCCAUAAAAUUAAAUUCAUUGAUCAAGCAGUUAAACCUCAGUAUCCACCUACAUAAACUGAUAUCAGUGUUUAUUUUAAACAUUUUCUUCAGGUUGGUAAAUAUGGAUUAUGAAAAGUUCUUUUUACACAACCAAAAAAAU